CGAGGGAGUAUUGACAGGUCAAGGUGCACAGGUUUAGCUCAGUGGGUUGGCCUUAUAAGUAGAAGCAUGGUGUAAGGCAUCCGCACAACCACACAUCACCUCAACAAGAGCCUGUCUUGGUAGGACAAGAGCAUUUGAAUGUAUUUCAGCUUUUCAUUUUGUUUUUGAGAGUUUGUUCUGUAUCUCAUCAAAAAUGGAUAACGUAUGUCAAUGUACAGAUUACAAUGUUAGGCAGUCAAAUGCUAUCCUUUACAACAUCCUCAAUCAAGAAAAUGUCAAGUCAAGCCACAACAACCUGAACUACAACUUGAUACCUCAUAGAUGCAACUGCGAGAUGCGACGGACUGUGUGCUUGAAAAGUCCAGCAGACAUUUGCCAAGAGGCAUCGGGAGUGCUAGUGAAAACAAUUCACUUUAUGAAGAACUUACCUGCUUUCAACCAACUCCCACCAAACGAUCAACUAUCGCUCCUCCAAAGUUGCUGGGCGCCACUCUUUAUUUUGGGUCUGGCCCAGGAAGGCAUGAACUUUGACGUCGUCGACACCCCUGCCGAUAGCAUGCUGAAAAGAAUCCUCUUGAAUUCUCAAGAGAGUUCAGAGACGGAAAGAGAGCAGCCCACAUUGGCCGGUGUGAACAAACUCAAGUCAUGCCUCAGAAAGUUCUGGAGUCUGGAUUUAAGUCCAAAGGAGUACGCAUACCUCAAGGGCACCAUGAUAUUUAACCCAGAUGUGAAAGACCUGACGGCAGCUCUAUUCGUGGAGGGCUUACAGCAGGAGGCUCAGCAUGCUCUGAGGGAGGUGGUCCAACCACUCCACCCUGGGGACCGAAGCCGCUUCGCUCGUAUCCUGCUCGCGGCCUCCAUGCUCAAGACCAUCACACCCAACCUCAUCACCGAGCUCUUCUUCCGUCCUGUCAUUGGCCAAGCAGAUCUACUGGACUUCCUGGUCGAUAUGCUCUUCAGCAGGUAGCUACUGUAAGGCUGAUAUACAGAGACCUGAUAUAAUUUCCCGCUGGGACAAUAAAGUUGAAGCUUAAGCUUGAGGGGUUUGGACUCCUACUGUGAGGGAUAUUGAGCCCCCGGGACUGAGUUGGGGGUGUCUGGUCAUGUGGUGAAGAGAUUGACAAAUAAGAGCUCGUUAUAAGGGGAAACAAAAUAAAUGUGUAUUCUUUAUUCCCAGUAAUAAAUGUCUGACCAAAUAGGAAAAUGUUUUUUUUCUCUGGAAAAUAUGAGAACAAUUUGCUAUUGUUUACAUCCAACUAUGAAUUAGCAACAUUUACUGUAUAUUAGCAAAAAUUUUGGUAGAGAAUUGAGGUCACAAUGGCUGAUAGUUAUAACAGACAUUUUACUGGUUAUAUCAGACUACACUACGGUCUCCAAUACACAUGCCUUACAAUCAUGUAUAUUUUGCAGAAUACCGUUUAGAUACAUUGUUUGUUUUGUGUAUGUUUGCAUGAAUAAUGUAAAUCAUUUCUGGGACAGCCUCCAGAAUAUUUUUAUAAAUAUAUUUUUAUACAAUUAUUGGGUUAUGUCUUUACAAUUUGGAACAUGGUUAGCGAGACAAGAAUACAAACACCAUUAGCCGAAGCCACAAUAGAUUAAACGUCUCCUGUUCAAGAGGUCUAUAUUACAGCUGGCAUUGCCAUUCAAGGAGCUCUUCAAGCUCAAUUUAAACAUAUCUCUUCUAAAGUAACUACUAAUAAGCAGGGCACUGGAAUAAUAUGUGCAGAAUUCGAAGCCCACAUUCUUCCCCCUAAUCAUUGGGUUAGAGGGAAUCUGUGUUGGGAAUUGGGAAUGAGUGGUGUGGAGCAUCAGUGAUGUUUUCAUACCUAGACAAGGCUAUCACUCCGCAAGUCUCCAUCUUCCUGCUCCAGUUCCUGUCGAUUCAUAUUGUGUUUGACCCCAAGCUACAGCAAGCUUUAUCUGUAUUACCUCACUGGUACAGAGGGCACUUUGGAAGGUGGUUUACCAGCUGGGUGCCCUGUUUCGUCAUCUUGCUGCCUCUCUCCUCUGACGAGUGCCUCAACGCAGCAACGACAGACAGCCUCAACGGAACUGCAUGGUGACUGUCUCAACAGUCUAUAACAGUCACUUUCCUUAUCAUACCAAUAAGAUAUGAGGAGGAAUAAUAUUUUCAGUCUAACGAAGCCAAGGUCACGGUGUCACGGUGUUCUGUAUAUCUUAAAUAAAGAAUACAAUCUCAACAUGUGUCGAGCGUCACACCGUCUAACAUUAGGUUGUAAUUUAGUUUCCCUAGACUGGACAUUUGAACAACUUUUCACAAAAAAAUAUAUAUAAGUGAAAAUAUUCCAAGUACAGUGUUACUGAAAAAUAAGUAUCUUACUGCUCUUUGAAUACACAGUACAGAGUGUUUAUUUACGCUGCAAUAAAGACAGAUCAGAUCUCAAAGAUAUAUUA